AUGUCUCUCUUCAGAACCUCCUUCCCAGCAGGCACCGGCGACUUCGCUCCUCUCUUCCGCCUUCUGGACGACUAUGAUGUCCACCGCAAUUCCCGCAACCAGGCGACCUUGAGCUCCUUCGCUCCUCGCUUUGACGUUCGCGAGACCGACAGCUCCUACCAACUAGACGGAGAACUCCCCGGUGCGAUUCAAAAGAACAUCGACAUCGAAUUCUCAGACGCUCAGACCCUGGUGAUCAAGGGCCAUUCUGAGCGUGAAUACCAGUCCCCUGAACCCAAGGAAGGGGAGAAGACAGAGGGUGAGAGUCACAAAUACUGGGUCAGCGAGCGGACUACCGGCGAGUUCCAACGUGUCUUCACCUUCCCGGCUCCUGUCAACCAUGACAAGGUCAAGGCGACCUUGAAGAACGGCAUCCUGUCGGUCACAGUGCCCAAGACUACUGCACCUACCACGAAGAAGAUUACCAUCGAGUAA